AUGCGAGUGCUUUGUCUCCAUGGAAUGGGAACUAAUUCUCAGAUAUUUGAAACACAAACAGCUCUUCUUAAAGCAUCCCUGAAUGCCGAGCUGAACACAGAAUGCGAGUUUGUCUAUGUAGAUGGCGAGAUCGAGAGUGAGCCUCGGAACGGAGUGGAAAAGUACUACGAUGGCCCCUUCCUUUCCUACUACGACUGGGACUCGGCAGAAAGCAUCCACACCGCAUAUCAGCUCAUUAACGAACUCAUUGAAGAGCAAGGACCGUUCGAUGGUAUCAUGGGGUUUUCUCAGGGUGGAUCCCUGGCCGCAUCCUUCCUGCUGCAUCAUUCGACCACGUAUCCAUCCCAACCGGUCGAGUUGCUCUUCCGAUUCGCUAUAAUAAUCUGUAGCGGCAACCCAUUCGAUGCGCGUGGGCCCACAACCCGGCGAUAUCACCCCAACGAGGAUAUGGAGCGAAUUCCUAUUCCUACCGGUCACAUAGUCGGGCGGAAAGAUGACGAGUAUCCAGGCCAGCUGCUGUUGCAUCGUCUAUGCGACAGUCGUCGAGCAACGCUCUAUGACCAUGGGGGUGGCCAUGAGAUUCCACGCGAUCCCCUCGUGGUGAAACGAAUGAGCGACGCAAUUUGCCGAACUAUUGACCAGGCCAGCGUUCUAUGA